UGAGUCAGUUGUCAUGGAGCUGACUCAGGUGUGAUGUGGCUCAAGUGUGGAAGCUCAGUUUAGAGUCUUAUUCACAACAACUGAACAAACUCAAUUCAUUGGAGAAGACCAUGCGAUGUGAUUGAACACUGCAGAAAAGUUGUGUGGGUUCCCACUGAUUGAUGGAGUGGACAACAUCACUAUGUCUCACAGACUGACCAAGGAAGAGCUGGAUGAACAGUUUGAGCUGUUCUUAAAAGAGUCUGUUUCAGAUGACUCGGUGGAUUUGGGCGGCUCUGAGAAGCAGCCCUGUGCUAAAAGUGAUGAGAAAUCAGCCCUGAAACCAGCAGUGUCAUGGUGGCAAGAUGAUGAACACAGUGAUGGAGGAACAGGGAGAGGACUGCUGGGUUCGGGGAAGUCCUUCAGAAAGUCUUUGAGGAAGUGUCACCCUAUUCGCGAGGAGGAUGAGGAUCCAGGAGACGCUGGUUUGAAGGAAAAAGGGCUAGAAGCAGUUGUUCUCAGCAGCGUCAACACAGAGACGGAGGAAUCAGUGAUGGUACCAGCAGUGAACAUGACCAGCAUGGGCUUGGAAACUCUGGAUGAAGAAGAAGAGAAAGCAAGUUUUUUUGCACGACUAGAAGCAGGAGCCUCAUCAACUAUAGAUUACUCCAAACUGAACAGAGAGCUGAACAGAGAGUUCCACCAUUGGUCCAGCCGAGUCCAAGCCGACACCAGCGUCAACCCGAGGCAGCGUUCGGAGUUACGGAUAGAGCGGUUGAACCACGAGCUUGCUGCCAAAACGCGAACCAUUCAGGAGCUGAGCCGCACCGUGGAGAGGCUGCAGAAGGAGAGGAGGAGCAUGCUGUCCAUCCCCAACCCACGAGCAGAAACCCAUUCUACAGAGACCAAACGGCAGCCAGGCCCAACAAAGACGCCCUGCUCUGCUACUGCAAGAGAGACAUGUGGAGAGGAGGAAACUUUCCCAGCUGCUCAGUAUGAGAAGACCUACCAGCCCACUGUCUUUGCAGGGAGUCACAUCUCUGAGGUUCUGCAGGAGAGCGAGGCUCUGAGGCAGCGUCUGGAGCUGCUGCAGCUGCAGAGUGAGCAGGAGAAGGAGGCGUUAAAGGCUGAGGCUGCGCAAGCCAAGGAGGAGCUCUGCAGAUAUGAGCUUCUGUGCAAACACAUAGAUGUUUUUCCUGCAGGGCAUCAGUGUGAGUGGACAUCAGGAUAUAAUGUGGUCUUUUAG